GUGUCAUGGCCAUGUGUAAAAUUGCAUCAUAUUAUACCUAACAUAAUUAACUUGUAUAUUAAUUGUACAUAUCAUAUGUUAAUUAUAGUUGUCUCCCCCCUUUGGAGGUCAAUACUACGCGUUUCCCGGAAGUACUUCAUAUAGACGAUGACUUUCGUAGGGAACCCAGUAUUAUAAAUUGAUGUCUAACCUUCCUUCAACAAUCCUUUCAUAGAUAUAUACUAAGAAAAGCGACUGUUGGGAUCAGCAUCAACCAGAUUUAGAAAUAAGUUGUGGAUAAAUUGAGUGCAGGGGAGUAAGCCACCGGAGAGAUGAAUCCUCCACGUCCACUGCCCCCACCGAGCCCCUCAACCCCCCAGCAGCAGCUGCAUCUAGAGCACCAGCAGCAGAACCAAGUCAUGGUUCAAAUUCCUCAGCAACCACCAACACACCCGAAUACUCAGCCACAACCAGGCUUACCACCAACACACCCGAAUACUCAUCUACCAACACUGCCAGAAAAUCUACCUAGACUAGAACUAAUCAAUGGAAAUAGAGAAGAGUACCUCAAUAUUGGAGUUCCACUUUAUGAAGCGUCAAUCAAAGGAGAUUGGAAAGCUGCCGAAGCCAUCCUUGAAACAAGACCAGAGCUGGUACGAUCUGCAAUCACUGAAAAUUUUGAAACACCGCUUCACAUUGCAGCAUCUGCACGAAGCACCAAAUCAGUGGAAGAAUUUGUUAAAAAUCUAGUAACUAAGAUGGAUAAGAAGGAUCUUGAAUUACAAAAUAAAAGUUACAACACUGCUCUCAGUUUGGCAGCCACUGCAGGAAAUGUUGAAACCGCAAAGAUAAUGGUGAAGAAGAAUAAAGCCGUGCUAGAAAUUCCUGGUAGUCAAGGAAUGAUGCCACUCUAUGUAGCUGCUUUAUUUGCAAGAGACAAAAUGGUUAGGUAUCUUUAUUAUGAGAUUCCCAAUAGCAUGUUAGGAGAUUAUUGGAAAGAUGAAAAUCGGGGAUGGGUUCUUCAGAAAUGUGUUGAAGCCGAUCUCUUCGAUGUUGCUCUAAGAAUAGUCAACGACCAUCCCAAACUCACCUCGAAUAAAAGACUACUCAGAGAUAUACUUGUAGUUUUGGCUAAGAAGACCGAUGCAUUUAAGGAAAAAAAGCCACAUAUUAUCUUGGGAACUAUCAAGUCAAUUUUUGCAGUAUUUCACGUGAAGCUGGGGCCUGAUGAAAGAGAAAGUGACGCUCUGCAAUUAUUAAAAAUCAUUUGGAAACAGGUUGUCAUAAUGCCUAAGAGAGAUAUCGAUGACAUAAUUCGAGGGCCACCUGCAACUAUUGAAGAGCAGAAAAAGAAAAAGACACAUUACCCUUCCCGGGUACUUUUCGUUGCUGCCAAAAUGGGUAACAUAAAAUUUAUAAGUGAGCUCAUUCGGUCAUAUCCAGAUCUAAUAUGGAAGGUAGAUGAAAAAGGGCUAAGUAUGUUUCAUAAAGCUGUCAAACGUCGUCAAGAAAAGAUCUACAAUUUGUUAUAUGAAAUAGGCUCAAUGAAAGAUUUAAUAACCCCUAUCAAAGAUGAAGAUGGCAAUAAUAUGUUGCAUUUAGUUGGGAAGAGUGCUAAGCCAAAUCGAUUUCAAAACGUGUCAGGAGUUGCUCUACAAAUGCAACGAGAGUUAUUAUGGUUCGAGGAAGUAAAGCAGAUAAUCCCUCCUUCUUACAGACAAAAGGAAAAAUUUUGCUGGUGA